AUGAUCGGCCUAUCGCCGGAGGAUGCAGAAAGCAUCGUCACUAUCGAGCGGGCGUGCUCGGCCAUCUCGUUGCUGGGAUGUGUCUUUGUCCUUUUAACUUUUGCCAUGUCGGAUGCCUUCCGUCAGCGCGCCAUCAACCGAAUGGUCUUCUACGCAACCUUUGGGAACAUGCUGACAAACGUUGCGACAUUGAUGACAACGAGUCAGACGCACGACGUCGAUUCAUUUGGAUGCCAAUUCCAAGCAUUUCUCAUCCAGGUGUUCAUGCAAGGCGACGCGUACUGGGCCCUAGCCAUGGCUGUCAACGUCUAUCUCACGUUUUACCACAAGUACGACGCUAGGAUGUUGAGAAGGAUGGAGAUUCUCUACUUUGCCUGCUGCUACGGCAUCCCCUUCAUCCCUGGAUUUACAUUCAUCUUUGUCUCCAACCAAUCCAACGGCAGGCCAUAUGGGGACGCCGUCUUGUGGUGCUGGCUCAAGUCUGAGUGGGAGGUGUAUCGGAUUGCCACGUUUUACGGACCCGUCUGGGUGGCCAUCGUCGUUGCCAUGGCUAUCUACAUCCGCGCUGGCCGUGAAAUAUAUCUCAAACGCCGCAAGAUGCUGAACUUCAGCUCCGGCGGCACUGGAACCGGCACUGUCGUCGGCUCUGAGCCCUUCAGCCCAAUGAAUGAGUUCUCCCCUGCCUUUAACUUCAAGACCACCGAGGUGGUCCAAACAACCGAAAUCAUUCAAACCCCGGCCUUAGUCGCCUCAACAGGCCGCAUCUCACCCUCCUCAGGCCCGAUCAAGGAUCCCAACGUCUCCUACUCGGUCACUAUUUCGGCCGACGCGGGCGCACAUACAACAAGCAACCUCAACCUUCGUGCUUCGCUCGAGGAACUCGAGCAAGAAGCCGUCGCCGCCAGCGGAGGGGGCCUCAACUCCGCAAGCAACAGCUCCUCCAACCAAGCCUACCGAGCUGGCACCGGCAAGCGCGCCCGCGUCAUGAGCAUUACCCAGGGCUCCAUCGCCCCGCCGCCGACGGCCAACCCGGGCUCGCGUGACCCCAAUGCCAACACUAACAACUUGACCCUCCAGAUGCGGCGGCGGAACUACUACGAAACCCACCGCGCGACGUGGUCGUACGCCAAGUGCGCCAUCCUCUUCUUCGCCGUGCUGCUCAUCACGUGGAUCCCGUCCUCGGGCAACCGCGUCUACAGCCUCAUCAACCACGGCGACGUGUCCAGGCCCUUGUUCUUCGCCUCGGCGUUUGUCCUGCCCCUGCAAGGGUUCUGGAACGCGAUCAUUUACAUUGUUACGUCCUGGGCGGCGUGCAAGAGCCUGUGGGCGAGCUGCUUGGAUGCUAUUAGCGAGUUUUGGGGCGCCGUCGGCGGGUGCUGUUGGCGCGGGAGGAGGGGAAGUAUCGUGGAAAUCACUAGAGGUCCGGGUCGGAGGGAUGCGCACCACCACCACCACCACCACCACCAUGGUCUUGGUUCCCGGGGAAUGCAGGGUUGUGAUUGUGCAAGUGGUGGUGGUGGGCGGGGCCGGGGUGGCAUGGUUGCUAAUCUGAAGUGGGUUGGGAGAAAGGAGGGGAAUGAAGAGAGUACCAGUAUGGAGGAUUUGACCGGAGAAGGGAAGGUCAAGUCGGCGUCGCCUGUAUGA